UUCCCUCGUCCCCGUGUGUUAUGGGAUAUUCCAAAGGCCUGUCGGCGGCUGGUUUAGUUUCUUGCUGGAGGACGUGGGGGGCAACCUAGAGAAAAUCUAUGGGAUGAGCUGGGGUGAUGUAAAGAGGGGUGUGACCGCGAUGCAAUGGAAGGGGUUCGUUGAUUCAGUGGAGAAGUUACACUCUUUGGGUGUGAAGCACGGUGACAUCGAACCGCGGAAUGUGGCGUUGACUACCGAAGGGUUCAGGUUCUUUGAUUUUGGAUGGUCAGAAAUGCAUUGUUGCCAGCGGGAUGAGUGCGAGGAGUUGCAAAAUUUAUUAGACAUAUAAAAUUAAACCUCACACGCUCG